AUGAUUGGAGAGGAGCCUAGACCGAGUGACCCCGCGCUGCAGGAAGAUUGGGAUGAGCGCUCCUCGGCUGGCUACUAUUUGAUGUCGCAGAGUUUGGAGCUGAACCAGCGUCACCACGUCAUGCACCUGCUGCCGGAGGUUGAGUGCGGUCCGAAGGCGUGGACCGUGUUGAAGGAGCUGCACGCCCCGACCUCCGUUGUUGCAACGUUGAUGCUGGAGAGGGAGCUGUCCGCGUUGCGCCUGAGCGAGGGAGAGCCGGUGCAACCUGUCCUGGACAAGAUGCGCGACCUCUACGCGAAGUUGGCGACCGCGGGAAUCACCUACCCGGAGCAGACCAAGUGCUUGAAGAUGCUCUCGCUGCUGCCGGAAUCAUGGCUUCAAUUCACGAGCGGAUUGAGCCUGCCGCAGAACCAGAGCUCGUGGACACUCGAGUGGGUGCGGACAAAGAUUCUGGAGGAGGACUUCCGUCGCCGCCAACUGAGGGGUGGAGACGACGGCAGCAGCGGCUAUGGGAUGCAAGGGAGCCGACGUGGCAGAGGACGUGGCUUCGGUGGUGCUAGACACGGUGCAAAGAAGGACGACGACUCCAACGACCAACAAGGAGGUACCGGUUGGGGUCGCGGUGCGAAAUCUGGACGUGGGGGCAAGUCAGGUGCUGGUGGCAAAAUGAAAGGGAGUUGCUGGAAUCGUCACCAGGAUGGCGGCGCGCGGAGGAACCAGAAAAACGGCGCGAGCAUGGUCGCCGAUUCGUCCGACAACAACCCGAAGAGCAACGGCCGUGCGGAGAAGAAGAAGGAGCGCAUCGCUGGCCAGUUCUUCCAUAUUAGAGAGCAGGGGGAAAAAGGAGAUGCCUCUGCCAAGGUUGGAGCAGAGCUGCACCCCCUGGAUUAUUGGGUGUUGGACACGGGCGCUGCUUGGACGAUGACGCCGCGCAAGGACCUGCUGGACCACGUACGCGCUGCACCGAUCAACGAGGUGUGCUCCGCCUCUGGACACGCGCUGAAGGUGGCUGGUGCGGGACGAGCUGCGUUUAAGGGAGCGGAUGGCAAGCCGGUGGUGCUGCACGACGUUCUCCUCGUUCCUGAACUAAAGGCCAACCUCAUCUCCCUCCGUAAGCUUGCCAAGGCUGGGGUGAGCACUAGCACGGAUGGGGCACGCACUUACAAGGGGCAGCUGGGCAAUCGGGUGCUUUGGGAUCUGCACGAGAGCACGGACGUGGGGAGUGCAAUGCCGUUGGAGGGGUUGGUGUGA